AUGGUAUUGAUCAUCGAGAUCAUCAAGAUUGGACAGAUUGGACCGAUUGGACAGAGGGGACAGAGUGGACAGAGGGGACAGAGUGGACAGAGGGGACAGAGUGGACAGAUUGGACAGAGUGGACAGAGUGGACAGAGUGGACAGAUUGGACAGAUUGGACAGAUUGGACAGAUUGGACAGAUUGGACAGAUUGGACAGAUUGGACAGAUUGGACAGAUUGGACAGAUUGGACAGAUUGGACAGAUUGGACAGAUUGGACAGAUUGGACAGAUUGGACAGAUUGGACAGGCUCGACGGACUGGACGGACUGGACGGACUGUCCACCGACGUAUGCUCCAGGCUUCCAGCUCCUUUAACAUAUCUCCAGAUAUAAGUAUAUGCAGGCGCGCUACGAGAAACAUGGGAGAAGAGGAGAGGCCGCUUGGAUGCUAG